CGUAUUAUUUGUAGUUCAGAUCACAUUUCUGACGACUGAUAAAACGCGAACCACUCACAUUUUUGUAUAAAACUAUAUGUGAUCUGUGAAAAAUGCUACUUUGUUGCACGUGAGAUACGCGUACCUUGGGAAAGAAGACAUUGUGGGAGUGACAACAAAAAAGACUUCUGAGAUACGCGCCAUUUUUGUUGUUCGAUUUUUGAGUGGGUUGACUUGUUUAUUAAAAGCUGAAGCAACAUGGCUGUGGAUUAUGUCUUGGAGGAGCUAAUGAGCAAAUUGGGCGAGUUCGGCAAAUACCAAUUUUUCCAGUUUUUCCUCCAAGUACUCUCCGCCCUCACAGCUGGUCUGCACAUGCUGUCGCUGGCCGGGGUAUCGCCAGUACCGGAGCAUCGUUGCUUUAUCGAGGGUGUAGAUGAAAGCAUAUAUUCUCGGGUCCCAUGGAACUCGAGUGCCAUCCUGGCUGCCAUUCCACUGAAGGAGAAUGGACAGCUGGACUCGUGCCAGAUGUACGACCUGAACGGGGAACCCAACAGCACCGUGCCGUGCCAGAGAUAUGUCUAUGACACCACCUACUACAAGACCUCGCGCACGAUCGACUGGAACUUCGUUUGCGAUCGUCGCUGGAUGGGAUCGAUUGUGCAGACAGUGUUCAUGCUGGGAGUGUUUACGGGCGCAGUCACCCUGGGUGGCCUGGCCGAUAAAGUAGGUCGCAAAGCAGUCUUCUGCUGGUCUGCCCUUUUGCAGCUGAUCCUUGGAGUGGGCGUGGCCUUCAUCCCAGAGUAUUUCUCGUUCAUGGUAGCCCGAUUUCUGCUCGGCAUUGUGGGCUCUGCAGGCGCAUAUAUAUGCGGUUUCGUGCUGACCAUGGAGCUGGUGGGUCCAAGCAAGCGCACAGUCUGCGGCAUCACCUUCCAGGCUGUCUUUGCCGGUGGCAUUAUGCUUGUUGCCGGUUGGGGUGCCCUCAUCAAGGAUCGCCAAUGGCUUCAAGUUGUCUAUGGCCUGCACGGUCUUCUGUUUAUUGCGCAUUGGUGGCUGUUGGAUGAGUCUCCACGUUGGCUCUGGAUGCAAGGCCGUGCCGCCGAAGCUGUAGACAUUGUGGCCAAGGGAUUGCGCAUCAAUGGCUCUGGCAUACCUGUGGACAAGGACUAUUUCGUGCAGAAGGCGAAGCAACAAUCCGCGGUCGAGGAGAAGAGUAGUGCCGGCCUAAGCGAUCUCUUCCGUACGCCCAAUCUACGCAUGAAGACCCUAAACGUUUGCCUCUGCUGGUUCGCCAACUCCAUUGUGUAUUAUGGUUUGUCCUUGAGCGCCGGCAAACUGUACGGAAAUCCUUACCUUAUUCUCUUUAUCAUGGGUCUGGUGGAGUUCCCCAGCUACAUAACAAUUAUAUUUGUACUGGACCGUUUAGGACGUCGUUCGAUUACAAGUACACUGAUGAUCGGAGGCGGACUAUGCUGCAUUAUAGCCGCCUAUAUAGCACAGGGCACCACGACGUCGACGAGUGUAGUGAUGUUGGGUAAACUACUGAUUGCAGGAUCCUUUGCUGUCAUCUACAAUUACUCGGCUGAGCUAUUUCCCACUGUCGUUCGCAAUUCGGCUAUGGGUCUGGGCUCGAUGUGCGCUCGUCUUUCGGGCGCCCUAACGCCUCUCAUAACGCUGCUCGAUUCCUUUGAUCCCAAGAUACCAGCUGUCCUGUUUGGUGUAGUGGCGUUAGCUUCUGGAUUUUGGGUGAUGUUCCUGCCCGAAACCAUGAACCAACCAAUGCCCGAGUCCAUUGAGGAUGGCGAAAACUUUGGCAAGGGCGACACCUGGUUCAGUCAGUGUGCCGGCCGGAAACAGAGGCAAAGCAGUAUUUAUCCAGAGGAUCCGGAACAGAUGGUGCCGCUCAAGAAUAUCGAAAGAAAGUGAAGCCAAAGGUUAAAAGUGCUGCCUGCCCGCACAGUUUGUUUUUACAUCGUUCUUAAGCAUUUUUCGAACAUUCUCACACACACACGAAAUUACGUUAGUUAUAAGCCGAAGACAUUUUAAUUAAGUUCUAUAAAGUGAAUAAAGUUAGUUAUUUGCAUGAAUGACUUUAAAACGAGGUCAGAUAUACUUA